ACUUCUCAAAAAUGAGCGGCAUGUUUAUGACCAUUUGUCUGGUGGGGAGAUCCUCCAAGUCUUAUCAAAAGACAACAUAGUUGUAGUUCAGACAUUGUUCUGGUGGAGAUGACAUAGGAUGAUAACAUACCGUCGGGACAGGGCGGAAGCAGGUGACCAUCGACGGCAGCAAUUGGUUGACAGCAGUGGCUACUUCCGAUUGGCUGUGAAGUAGCGAAGAGGCCAGAAGGAGGAUUGACGCGAAACGGGAGCUGAGGGGAGAGGAAGCCUCGACUGGUCCUGACUAUCAUGCUUGAGUGGUCUGGAUUCGGAUGGAUCGUGGUCGGCUUGAUAGCAGCCGAGGUCAAGAGUUACGAGCUGACUGGCUGCAGGGAAAUAAAGCCAAAUGGCCCAAUUCGCCUUCGAGACUCUUGCUGCGCUCCCCGACGUCCUUCCGCCCACGUCCCCCGCCUUGCUCGAGGACAUGCUCGUCGUGAUGCCCACCCCACCGCGUCUUUCUCCGUCGCCUUCCUCGGCACAUAAGCGGCCGCGGGGACUUUGGAAGGGCCGGCGGACGUUUGCCGACACUAAAAUGGCUACAAUUACCCACGAUCGGGACAUUGACUGUGAAGAAGACCAUCGAUACGACGCUGACUGGUCCUACGACGACGACCUGGACGAUACACGGAGCUCAACAUCGUCAGGUUCGAAGCGGAGGAGAAUAUCUGGUGCUUUCAGUGAUUUUUCUUGUCACUCGGGGAGCGUCUCUAGGGCCUUGUCUCCUGAUAUCAAUCAUGCUUCGAAUCCUUGGCAGUCUUUCCAUCUGAGCAGCAACACGACGUCGACAGACAGCCCUAGGGCAACCCCGGCUUUGACCAUGAGUUCCCAAACAGGCAAGCCCCAGCCUUCCACCACAGAUUUGGAGGAUUGGGAAAAUUUGAAAGAAUUGCACCACAAGGCCUCUGACCUGUACGAAGCCGACCAGUUAUCAGAAGCACUGCCUCUGCUUCGAGCGGUCAUGCGGGAAUGCAACCGUAUACUGACCAUUCACCCUGACCCUUCCGUAAUCUUUGCGGCCGGAGAGAAGCGACAAUCGAGUUACUCACCAGUUCAGGUGGUUACACCUACUGAGGAGCGACUACAUCGUGACUGGGGAAAUGAGACCUUUGAGGCGGCCUUGAAGUCUAAUAUACUGCGACAGAGGCGCCCGUUGUCGAGGUCUGAAGAUCUUCCAACCGCUUUCCAUGCCAUCUUUGGCAUUACUUUGUUCUUACUGGGCAACAUCGUAGCCCAAGAUCCGUCACUUGCCCUCCCAGGGGAGCCUUCCUCAGCUGCGACGUACUGGCUUGCUGCAUUGGACGUCUUCGAGACAGGGGAAAGUCUACCCUGUCUUCUUGACAGCAGAGGGUGUGCGGAAGCUAGUGAAGAUUGGCGUAUGGCCAUCGCUUGGGGCAGAACACUCGUUUGCUUGGCAGAAGAGAAAAUAUCGAGCAUGAAGCGAGCCCAAGAAGAGGCGGCUGCUAGAGCUGCCUCCGCCGGCUUAGCUCCAGAUCUGCCUGCUUCCAGUGCUUGGGCCUAUCUGAGCUCACCUGGUCCGUUUACGGUUACUGAACCGAGUUGGCCUAAGGACUCGCCUUUCUAUACGAUCGCCGUGAACCGUCCACCGGUCACUAGGCGAAUGUCGAUGUAUUCUGCAACACCGCAUGAUAUUCUUGUACUUGCGACUGAUCAAUUUUCGAGGGGUAUUUUUCAUAUGCCUCAUCCACACCAUUCUUAUGUCCCUCAUCCUACGAACGCCGCUGCAUUUUCGUCAAGUCCGUUUGACACUUCACCACCAUCUCUUAUUUUACCCGAACUGUCAACGUCUUCAUCCGGUUCUUCGACUUCAACAUCAUACUUCCACCAACGCCUUCCAUCUGCUCUUCCCCCAUCGUUCUCACGUCCGAAAGAACUCUUCACGAUCGGUUCAGAAGUGCUAGGUGUAGCCGAACGUUUAUCGUCGACUUCCAACCGAGAAUAUUGGGCCAAAUGGGCAGACUCUGUCUUCAACCAGAUGAAGAUGGAGGCUGACAUUGAUAUAUGGCGAGGUCCUGUCACUCGCGCCAGGGGUCGGUGUUGGCUAGUCAUGGGUUCUGCCCGUGCUGAAGAGCUCGAAGAGGCUUUGGAACGUGGAGAGAUGCAUGUUCUGAGUAGUGAAGAUGCGGAGGAGGCUAGGGAUGCUUUGUCUAUGGCUAUAGCAUUCUUCGAACGGGCAAAAGGUUCCGCUUCGCUAAUGGAGGAGGAUGCGGAAGACGUGUCCCCUUUGCUCGCAGAGGCACUCUUGACUUUGGCUAACCUCACUAUUGACGAGAACAAGCGUGAAGAACUCUACUGUCGUGCUCAAACGGAAGGCGGUGAAGAAGUUGCCUCAGAACUCCAACUCAUGGGGUUGGGUCCCCCAAUGGCAUCAUCCAUGUCCACCGAUACUGUGAUGAUGGAUGUGAAUUAGCCAAUGCUGAUUCACUGUCCUCCUACCUACUUCCUCGUCUUGCCUUUCGUUUGUUGUCUUUUCAACAUUAGUUUAUUUUUGCUAUUCAUUUGGGUCGCAGGGCGUCGUGCAUUCACGUGUAUAAUUAUUAUGAGGUCAUAUGGCUCGCUGUCCAUACAUCAUCCAUCCAAUAUUUCGCUUUUCGCUCUCUCGCUAUCUAUCUCACAUCUGAUAAGUCUCCUCGCAUUAUCACGAACAUUCGUAGUUUAUUCUUGCAUUUUAUGUACGGAUUACCAUUAGUGCUCGGUGCGUUUGAUGUUGUAUCAAUAGAAUGUUCAUGUAAUGUCGUCAAUGAAUCCUAUACUACCAAUGAUGCUACUGGCAC